AUGGGUAACGUCUUUUCAAUUCAAUGCGGUGAUGCCUUGAUCGGUCGUUGCUGGGAUUGCGUUGCUGGACAAGCUCUUUAUGUAUGUCAGCUUGAAGACAAUCUUCAAGAACUUAGGACUGCAAGAGAUAAAUUAAGUGAGCUGAGCAAUGAUGUGAUGCGGAGGGUCAACAGUGAGGAAACUCCACAAACAAGGCGGCUGGAUCAAGUUGGAGGAUGGCUUUCAAAGGUAGACGCUACCAUUACUGAAGUUGAUUCUCUCCUCAACAGAGCUACGCGAGAAAGACAGAAAUUGUGUCUCGCAGGCUGUUGCUCCAAGAACUGUAAGUCCACCUACAUGUUUGGGAAAAGCGUUUCCAGAAGCCUCAAACAUGUGGUUCGUUUGAUGAGCGAAGGAGAUUUUAAGGAAGUGGUUGAGAGGACACUUCCAGAACCAGUGGUAGUAGGAAAUGUUAAUCCAACAUUGGGCACUGAAACUACCUUAGACGAGGCAUGGAGCUACAUCACGGGAGAUGAGGUGAGAAUUGUUGGCAUAUACGGUAUGGGGGGAGUCGGUAAAACUACUCUUCUUACUAAAAUCAACAACAGAUUUGCCACUAUAUCUAAUAAUUUUGAUGUUGUGAUUUCGGCUGUGGUUUCUAAAGAUUUGAAACCUGAGAAGAUUCAAGAGCAGAUUUGGAAAAGAAUUGGCUUUUUGGAUGAGAAAUGGGAAAAGAAAAGCCUCCGUGAGAAAGCAGAUGACAUAUUUCAUGUACUGAGUAGAAAGAAAGUAUUAUUGUUAGAUGACAUACGGCGGCGAGUUGACCUUGUAGAGAUUGGGGUUCCUCUGCCUGCAAGAGAAAACAGAUGCAAGAUAGUAUUCACAACACGCUCUUACGGAGUAGUCGGGCUAAUGGAAGCUGAAAAGAUGAUAAAAGUAGAACCUUUGGCUUGGGAAGAAGCUUGGGCGUUGUUUCAGAAGAAGGUUGGGGAUAUUGAUUUUGAUAUUGUUCCUCUGGCUCAAGAUGUUGCUAAAGAGUGUAGUGGGUUGCCAAUCGCACUCAUUACCAUUGGUAGAGCCAUGGCCAGUAAAAUUACGAAGGAAGAAUGGAAGCGUGCUCUUAAGGUACUAAGAAGUUCUGCCUCAAGCUUACCAGGCAUGGAGGAUGAGGUAUUUCAAGAUAUGGAGGUUGAGGUAUUUGUACGAUUGAAAUUUAGUUAUGAUAGUCUGAGUAGUGAUAAAGUUAAAUCUUAUUUCUUAUAUUGUUCCUUAUUUCCGGAAGACUUUGAAAUUCACAAAGGUAGAUUGGUAGAUUAUUGGAUUUGUGAGAAUUUUGGUGAUCGCAAUGAGUCAUAUUCUAUAAUCUGUUCACUUGUUGGGGCAUGUUUAUUGGAAGAGCAAGGCGAACAUGUGAAAAUGCAUGAUGUGAUUCGUGACAUGGCUCUGUGGAUAGCAUGUAAAUAUGAAAAAGAAAAGCACAAGUUUUUUGUGGAAGUGGGUGCCCAAUUAACUCAAGUAUCAGAGGUUGGAACAUGGGAAGGAUCAAAACGGAUGUCCCUGAUGGCGAACUCCUUUGAAAGAAUCCAUGAAGUUCCUAGAUGUCCUGAUCUCUUGACUUUAUUUCUCAACGAUAAUCGUCUUUUAAGGAGAUCGGUGAUGGUUUCUUUCAAUUUAUGGAUAUACUAA